AUGCGCAACCCGCUGCCCUUCCUCCUCGCCGCCCUCCUCAUCCCCCCGACGCCAACCAUGGCCGCCCUCUCCAUCAACACGACCAGCCUCCAACCGUGGCAGAUCCCCCGGCUGAGCACACACACGCCGUCGGGCUACCCGGCCAACCACCCGUACUGGAGCCUGAGCUUUGCCGUGGCAGACCCGAACACGAUCGUGGUGGGCCAGACGCGCUUCGGCGCGGCGGCGUUCCCGCCGACGACGGCCAACUGCAGCGUCCGGUGGCUGGGCUACGCGGGCGCGGGCGAGGACCCGCGCGGGCACACGUACGCCUGCGGCAGCGGCGACGCGGACGCGGCGGAUACGGGCCGGUGGACGUUCCGCGUCGCUAAUGACAGCGCGAGCGCCAUCUCGGAUUUCGCGCUGCGCGUCGGGCUCGAGGAGGCCGUGGUGCUCGAGACGGGCGCGGUGGACGAGGACGCGCCGGUGCUGGUGCAGCAGCGGUUGGUGGAGGUCCAGUGUGUGGAGGGAACGUGUGAGGAGGACGAGGAUGGUGAUGCGGGGGCGUGA